GUAAAAAAUGGCUGAAAGCAGCUCUGUGUUUUAUUCCGAAGUGAAAUCCAUUCUGGAGACGCUCGUAAUGACCGCGGUCGAUGUUCUCGGAGUUUCGGACCGAGGAGCCGCUGAAACGAGGCGGAUUCCGCCAGAUGUUGCUGCCAUGUUGAUCAGGGAGGCAGCCAGGAAGAUCAGCAGCGUUUUCUCGCAGCUCUGCUUGUUGCUUCUUGCUGAAAACCGCAAACUAAACGCGCAGCUGAAGGCCAAACUGAAAAGUGCAGCCGAAGGUUUGGAAAACUCCCGGCCGUGGCGGGAGAUCGUGCUGAACGGCGAUCCGGUGCUGCAGGACCAGAGCGGCAUGGUGUUCACCACGAAGCCGCUCAGGAGACUGAAAAGAAAGACGGACGACGGAAAUCCUCCUGCAGCCCCUGCAGAGGUGGAAGAUUUUGGAGAGACGAUUCAGACGCCUUCGUCUCCUCUUGCUGAGGAAGAUUUAGCUGCUCCAAAAAUUCCCGAACUGGAAAACUCUGAAUCCCAGAAGUCGCAGGAAGCAGCGCUGAAGCCUAAAGGAAAGGAGUUUGUGUGUGAGCUCUGCAAGAAGAGCUUUAGCCGCCGGUUUCACCUGGCGAAGCACAUGAACACUCACAAGGAGCAGCGGCCGUUCGCCUGUGACCUCUGCCCCAGGAAGUUCAGGACUGCAGAGACUUUAGAGCAACACCUGCUGCGUCACGAAGAGAAGAAACACGCUAGCUUCCAGUGCCAGCACUGCGAGAAGUCGUUCAAGACAAAGAUGAACCUGAGGACCCAUCAGCUGGUCCACUCAGACCUCCGACCGUUUUGCUGCGGGACCUGUGGGAAGGCCUUCAAAACGAAGCACAACCUCCAGGCGCAUCAGACGGUACACCUGGCAGAGAAACCACACAAGUGUCCAGAGUGUGGGGAGAGUUUCAGAUGCGCCGUCAGCCUGCAGUGCCACCGGAGUGUCCACACUGGGGAGCAUCCCUUCACCUGCACGGCGUGCGGCAAAGCCUUCUCCAGCAGGCGGUCGCUUCGGACGCAUCAGGCAGUCCACAGGGGGAAGGUGUUCACCUGCGAGACGUGUGGGGCGGGAUUCACCCUCCGACAGAACCUCCGGAGGCACAUCCGCAUUCACACAGGCGAGAAACCAUUCACCUGCAAGGUAUGCGGGAGGCCCUUCAUGCAGGACAACAAGCUGAAGGCGCACAUGCUGCUCCACGGCGCUGCCAAGGCGUUCAUGUGCGACCUCUGCGGGAAGACGUUCCUGUACAACUGCCAGCUGAAGAAGCAUCAGAAAGCCGCACAUGAGGAGAAGCAGGCGCCCAGGAGGCGCGGUCGGGAGCGAGGCGAGCGCAGGGUGAUCUACCGGCGGGACAAAACCAUGCUGGACGUGACGCCGUUCAGCUGUGGCGCCUGCCGCAAAGGCUUCGACUCAGCUGCUUCGCUGCAGAGGCACGAGCUCAUCCAUGCCGGCGGCGCCGCACAGUAUGCCUGCGACCAAUGUGACAAGUCGUUUUUCUACAAAGCCACCUACGAGUACCACCAGAAGAUCCACUCCGGGGAGCGGCCGUUUGCGUGUGACGUUUGCGGGAAGCGGUUCGUCAUCCGCCAGGCGCUUAAGUCCCACAGGCUGCAGCACUCUGGAGAGAAACCGCACAAGUGCGAGCAGUGCGGCAAGGACUUCCGUAUCUACACCAACUACCUGCGACACCGCCGUGUCCACACGGGGGAGAAACCUUAUGAGUGCGAGGUGUGUGGGACGCGGUUCCGGCAGCUCGGACAUGUCAAGUUCCACAUGCAGGUCCACACAGGAGAGAGGCCAUACUCCUGCAGCAGCUGUGGGCUCGGCUUUUCAGACUCCAGGUUACUCAGGAAACAUAACUGCAUUUCCAAGCUUCAGAGCUUCUGCCUGACAGAGCAGCGUUCCCCCACGCGACUCCUUCAGACUAGUCACAAUCAGUUAGCAAACAUGCUGAACAAAGCGGACAGAAACCCGUCGGACUUUGCGCUUUUCCGCAACAUGUCCGACCUGGAGGCGCGAGUCUGCGCCAUUUUGGACGUCAUGGUAACGGCCACCAUGUCAGAAAUGGACAAAGUUCUCGGCAGCUCGGAUCCCACCGAGGCUCCGGAACACAAACAGGCGUCCUGUUUGGACCAGAAGGUGAUGCACUUCAACAUCCUGCUAGCGUCUCUGGCGCAGGAAGCCGUGGAGAAGAUCUGCCAGCUGUUUGAGGAAAGUUCGUCCGUGCUGCGGCUCGAAGUGUCACAGGGCGCGGCGGAGAUCGAAGACCUGAGGACGAGGCUGAGGGAGGUGGAGAUGGACCUGAAGCUGGUGAUGGAGGGAAGCGCAGAGCUGGGAGGGCAGGAGGAAGUGACGGAGGAGCAGACGGAGGAGAGGAGAGAAGAAGAGGAAGGAUCCCCGGGGAGUCUGUGCAGAGUUGUGGUUGGCGGUGAAGCCGGGGUCAGGAGGUCGCCUAUUAUCCACCUGUGGAAAAACCGAACUUGUGAGGACAGCAUCCAGUCGGUUCUGCUGAAGCAGGAGAUCCUGGACGCCUCGGUCCUUUCCGACCCGAACCGAACCGAUCCCGCCCAGGAGGACGACCCAGACUACACGGUGGAGGUGGACGACUCGCUUUACACCAUCAGAGCUAAAGGCCUGGUGAAGCCCAGGUCGCGGGUGCGAGGGCCGAAGGAGAGCCGGGGUCAGAGGGAGUCGCCCCUGAGCUGCAGGCUCUGCAAGAAAACCUUCAGCAACCUCCUGCAGCUCAAAGCGCACCAGUCCGUCCACGGAGCGAGCGGCGACAAACCCUUCGUCUGCUCCCAGUGUGGGCGGGGCUUCUCCUUCCAGCGCAGCCUCAGCGCUCACAUGCUGAUCCACAAGGAUGAGAGGCCUCACACUUGUGACGUUUGUGGGAAAGGUUUCACCUUGAAGCAGCUCUUGAGGAACCACCAGCGUCUCCACGGCGACGUGCGUCCGUUCUGCUGCGACCAAUGCGGGAAAAGUUUUUACAGAGCUCACGGCCUGAAGCUGCACCGCAGGGUCCACACCGGCGAGCGAUUGUACAACUGCCACUACUGCGACAAAAGCUUCACCAUACCAGGUAACCUGCAGCGCCACCUGCGCAUACACACCGGCGAAAAGCCGUACAAAUGCGACACCUGCGGCAAAAGCUUCAACCAGGCGGACACGCUGAAGGGCCACCAGCGGCUGCACACCGGGGAGCGUCCCUUCAGCUGCGAGACCUGCGGGAAAGCUUUCAUCCAGAAGAACGCCUUGAAGAUGCACCAGCGGACAUUUCACCUGGACGAGAGGAAACUCACCUGCGUCGCAUGCGGCGCCGUCGUGCCUUGCAUGGAGUCCCUGCGCAAGCACACCCAGACGCACGCCAUGACCAUCCCGUGCAGCUGUGUGCUCUGCGACCAGCGCCUGUGCACCAUCACGGAGCUGCGGGAACACCAGCAGCAGCACACGCUGGAGAGACCUCACUGCUGCGGGAUCUGCGGGAAGAGCUUCAAGUCGUCCAGCUACCUGAAGAUCCACCUGAAGGCGCACAGCGGCGAGCGGCCGUUCGCCUGCGAGAUCUGCGGACGUCUGUUCACGCAGCAAAGCAGCCUGAAGUCACAUCAGGUGGUCCACACCGGCGAGAAACCGUUCAGCUGUGACACCUGUGGGAAAUCUUUUGGCAACACGGGCAACCUGAAGAGGCAUCAGCGCAUCCACACGGGCGAAAAGCCGUUCAGCUGCGACAUCUGCGGCCGCUGCUUCAACCAGGGCAACAGCCUGAAGGCUCACCAGCAGAUCCACACCGGGGAGAAACCGUUCAUGUGCGACAGGUGUGGGAAGAGCUUCUCCUACCUGAGAAACCUGAAGGACCACAAGUGUUACUACGUUUGAAACAGCAGAUCAUCUGGUUCAGUUUGUGGAUGUGGUUUGACUCAAUUACUGUUCAAAUGGAUUCAUGAACUUUUCUCCAGAAUUAAAGACAGUAUGAUGGA